AUAAAAAUCUAUUGAAUCGCAAAGAUGUUCGCUUCGCGUAGUUAUCUGUUGAUCUCGAUACUCGCUGUUGCAUCUGGUGCACCCAAAAUACGGAUCAAAUCGAGCAUACCAACUUGGUAUUUACCGUGUGGCGAGAUCCUAGAAAUCGACGAGAGCAACGAAGAAGCUAGCACGGAUGUGGACGUAAAACUUUACGUACAGAGGCUUAAGAUUCAGCACAAUUUGACUCUGAGCAACUAUUUACUUCAAGACUACGACUACCUGUACGAGAAGGUACGGAUCGGUGUUAACGAGCAUCAAUAUAUCCCGAACUGGGUUCCUGGCAAGAAAGAUGCGAACGCGAUGAAAAGGCGGAUCAAGUCCGCUUUAAGCCCACAAACGAUCGUGAACCAUUUUCCAAAGCUACACGAGGACCUUCAGAAGUUUGCGGUAGCCUUCGAGGAAUUGGUGGAAGACGAGACGAAUCCGAAAAUUUACAAUGCUCUUCAAACAACGCAGAUCGCCAUAAAGAGUUUGCUGUGCGAAGUAGAAAUCACUAUCAUGGAUCUGCCAUAUCUUCGGAUUCCAUCGCGAGUGGAAAGGAGUAUCAUGAGCAACGUGGAAAGAGAGCCCGUGGACGAAACUAGAAGACUUGUUCGUGACUGGGGUAUACUUCUCAAAUACAGAGAUUACCUUCAUGCCUGGAAGCGCAUUUUUGAUUAUUGACCAGCGCCAGAAGAAACGUUCGAUAAUAUUAUACGGUAUUCGAAUCCUAUCGGAAAAAAUAUCGAGUAUUACGUUUGUGACGAUACAGUAUUGAGGAAAAUAAUACGAUGAUUGCAACAAAAUUGAUCGAGAAAUAUACGACACUUAUCGAGUGCGAUCAAUGAAGAGAAACCAAAUCGUGUCACAAUAUAUGCAUGACUGGACACCAAUGAAUACAAUUGUGAUAACAGAAAUUAGAGAUCGUUGCGAAACGACUCAAAUGACAUCGCAUUACUUAAUUUAUUUAUUCGCGAAUUUAUUUAUUACGAUCACACAUUGUGCAUUAGCGUUAAUAUU